UCCCUUUUCACUUGAUAGGUUCUCGCUGGCCUUAUAAAAAAAAUAUUUCUCAGAUCAGCUUGUUCGGGGAGAAUUGCGCUUUAUAGUUUUUAACCUUCAUAGACUGAAAACAAUAGAGAAAACACACAGACACAGGCAUAUUAUAUAUAUACUGAUCAUAUACUGUUCUGAUAUAUAAUACUGUAUACAGAUAUAUUAAAGGACCCCAGAUCUAUUACUCUCGACUGAAUACUUAUCCUACUAAGAUUCUAAACGCGUUCUUUCCUACAAUAUUUCUCAGCUCAUGAACUUCCCAUGUUUACAGUGAAGCUCCUCACUCAGUCACAAGUGCGCAGUUGCUUCUCAGACCUACAGCAACGCGCCUCCGUCGUCGUCAUGCCUUCAACAUGCGCGCAACAUGCAUCCCGCAUCGUGCCUUCAAGACGCAUUAAACACACGUCGACCACGCACGUCUCCAACAUGCAUGCCUCCCGCAUGGCUCCCGAGAGGGGCCUCGCUGCCUGCCACGCGCGCCUCGAGGAGCGUAGCGAGCAGUACGAGCGCUCGCGGGUCCGCCCGUGCGAAUCAAUGCGUAUCAAUGGCCCGUGACCGGAUCCGCAGCGCGGCGCGAGGACGGAGCGCGCUCUCCGCGCGGCCGAUGACGCAAAUGACCCAGCUUCCCAAAAAAAGUGUUUUCAAGACGAAGAUGGCGGCAACGUAGCGCAGGACCAAGAUGACUGUGGUGCUGCGAAAGCGUUCAGUGAAGGCGCUCUGCCCAGACCCAGACAGGGAGCGGACGAUCCCCCGGCCGAAAGAUCCGUCCCCCCUUUCGUAAAGAGAGGCGUCUCCGCAGCGCUUCCACGGACGCGGGAGGGGAGGAGAGAGGAGCGCGCGGCGGCAUGUCGGCGCGCGGAGCCCGGCCGUUCUCCCGAGAGCCGCGGGGAGCGGGGACGAGCCAGCGCGCGCCACGCUGCCUGCGACUGCGAGUGCACUGAGUGGAUGGGAAGAGGAGCGCGUCCGUCCCACGGUUCAGGAGGAGAAUCACGCCGGCGCACGAGCCCCACGUCAAUGAGUAGUAUUGUGGCAAAGACCCCCCCACGGUGGAGACGGCCAGCGCUGCGCUUUGCCGAAAUAUGACCAGGGGUGCUUGGAUGUGCGGGCAGCAAGAUGACGGAUUAAACAUCUGGUUCGCACCCCGGCAGCACGACAAGCCCUUCGUCGACCCGGAGAGGGCCCAGAAAUGGCGCCUGUCCCUGGCAGCGCUCCUCUUCCUCACCGUCCUCCUCUCUGAUCACCUGUGGUUUUGUGCCGAAGCGACGCGGACGCAGACCCGGGACAGGUUCGCGUGGACGGACGCGGCGGGCGAGCGCCGAGACGCGGCUUUUGCAGGGAAUUCCACGGAGCGCUCGUCGUGGCGCCCGGAGACGUGUCCCCCGGACAGUUUGUCUGAGAGCUGCUUCGCGUUCGAGGACGCGGAGCCCGCCGUGUGCAGGGCCCUGUCACUGUCAGUGUCGGAGGAGCCCGCGGGGACGCGCGCCGUGGACUUCAACUUAAGUCAUUUGUACCUUGCUUUUUGUAACACCUAUUCCCUUUUGGAUUUGUUCUACGGGUCGUGGAGUCCGGACAACCUGAACUGCAGCCUGGACGCGGUCAUGAUGGGGGGGAAUUCGCGGGCGUGCACCCGCUGCGUGGAGGAGUUCCAGCGCUACGACCAGCACGCGCAGGAGAAGUACGAGGAGUUCGAGCUGCUCAUUGAGAAAUACGAGACGGAUGUGUACUCCGUGAGGACGUGCAUGGACGAGUGCAAGAUGGCCUACAAGCCCUGGCUUUGCUCCCAGUACUUCCAGACGACACAGAUGAAUUGCAGCGACAAGAUCCCGUGCAAGCAAUACUGUCUGGAGGUACAGAAGCGGUGCCCGUUCAUAUUGCCGGACAAUGACGAUCUCAUUUACGGAGGAAGCCCGAGUUUUAUAUGUUCAGGGCUUCUAAGAAAUGACAUGUCCGGCGUGGAGACCGAGUGCUGCGACGUCCGAUGGGACUCCCCACCCAACAGCCACUCCGAUGGGACAAUCAAAAGAACUCACCCCUCUUGCCACCACAGGGUGUCCGUGACCACCUCCGGUACAUCCAGACUCUGUAAUAGCAGGUUCCGGCUCUGCCUCCUCGUCCUGGUCCUGUUACAUACCGUUGUCACGGUGACCGCAGCACAGAACUCCACGGGUAUCAGCCUAGGGGGCAUCACCUCUGUGGAGGAGAGCUCCACCAAUGAGGAAUGACUGGGAACGCCCCCAUCUGGAGGGAAGCGCACCGGUCACUGCGCAUGCAGCAUUUUUGGGGGGGGGGGGUUCCUUUGGCACAAGCCACGGAGGACAGGGGUUCGAAAGGCCCAUGCAACGAGCAGAUGAGGACAGAGACGAAAAUGAGCACCGCGACGGGACGACGCCACAGCCUUCGUUGAGUAGACAGGAUUAUUUCGAACCGACUUCUCGCACACUGUUUUAUACUUUUCGUUUUACUGUCUGGAUUCCACACUAGAUGACUACAGGAUCGGAUUCAUUUUGUCUCUUGUGUUUAUUUGUUACUGCGCUGGAAAGGGCCUCGGAGCAGGAAGGGGUGACGCUGUCAGACUGGAAUGCUUUUAAAUAUUCAAGACUAGCGUCCAUCCAUUGCUUGUUUGCUGUAAAUUUGGGUCAUUUGUAAUACUGUACACUGACAUUUGUUUUAAGAGUCUGCCAUACGGAAGGGUUCGAUGUUAUUGACAAGCUCACGCACACGCACACGCGCACACACACACACACACACACACACACACACACACACACACACACACAUACACACACACACACACUCACGCAGCCUUCGAUUUCCUUGAUUCAGCAACCCAAACGAAGUGCAGGUGCACAUUUUCUCACCACCAGCAAGAUGACUAGUGAUGUCUGGGGCAGCCGUGCCGAGUCUCAGAGAGAUGGGGCACAGUUACUGCCAUGAAGGGCGUGGCUACAGCUGUCAAGGGUGUGGUCAUGCUAAUACAGGGCGUGGUAACUGUAGUGAAGGAUGUGGUCCCAUCAACCUGUGAAGUUGUUACUGCAGUGUAGGGUGUGGCCACAGCUGUGAAGGGCGGGGUCAUGCUAAUACAGAAUGCAGCCACCGUAAUGCUGCCCCCCAGAGCUCAUCUGAACUGCAGGGCUUCCUGUAUAUCAUCAACGUUCAGAUGAAUCCACAAAACAAACGUAAAAUACUUCAAAGCCUUGAUAAAUAAUAUAGUGUUUGCAUGUGGAAGGUCUCAAAAUGUGUGAGCUCGCUGUUGUCCUCGCUAGGACCGUGGACCCAAUGAACACUACACCACUGCUUUUUGACAGAUCUUGGGAGAUAGCAGGAAUGGAUAAAUAUACUAUAUUCAUAUUUUACCAACAAAUAAUUUGUGGGCUAGCUCUAUGUAUUUAUUGUAGAGGGAAAAAUCUCUGCCACAGUAUCCCGAUAAAUACACAAUAAAGAUCAUAAAGCAUUAUUUGGUUUAAAAAAAAUACAUAAGGAACAUUGUUGGGUGUAAAUAAAAAUUAUACGUAAACAACCAUUCGGUCUGUUAAUGACAUGAACAAGGAGGGCUAUGUGUGUAGUGUUUAUUGUUGCCAUGUGCCUAGAACCAGCUUUUAAUCCUAAAUCAGUUUACCUUAGAUCAAUCUGAAGCAGUCAACGGCACUAUUUAUUUUUAGUUUUAUUGGUUCUUUUACCUUUUUUGUGAAAUUGCAUUUGUGCCGCUAUUAAGUACUCCCCAACCUCUGAACAAAAGCUGCUGUAACGAGCUGCUCUGAAAAUGACCCAGGACACCUACGAUCGGCCAAAUGAAAGUAUAAGUCAUCGAGCUGAACAAGGUGGCGUCCUUUUUAGAUCUUUUUCUUGGUGUUUUCUUGUGUUUAAUGUGUCUUGCAUUGAGUAUAAGGGCUUCUUAAGUGUUUACACACACACAUACACACACACACAUACGCACGCACACACAGGUCUGGUAAAGCUGCAUGCUUCAAGGGAAACCUCAUACGGGACUGCAAGGGUUGGUGUUUUCCAGAUGCCCAAAAUACCACUGCUGCCACCAGGAAGCAGGACCCAGCAUGCUAGUGGUGGUGGUGGGGGGGGGGGGUGAAGAGGU